CGAAGAUCCGUAAUUUGAGAAAUGUUGCAUAUAAAUUUACUGAGAACAGCUAAACAAUUAAGAUAUGCGAAAUCACAGACAAAAUUGUUUUGUAAACUUUUUCAAUUGACAGAGGAGUCUCCAGUGUUAACACCACGACGAUGUUUAUUUGUACAACAUGGUGUAUAUGCUGCCGAUUCCACAAAAAGUCAUGAAGCCUCGCCACAAAUUAUUUCUAAGUUAUUCCCGCAAACCGCACCGGAAAAUGUUGAACAGGGUGCAGGACAAGAAAAUAAAGAAGAUGAAAAAAACAAAGAACAGUCAAAUCGAAAAAUGAAGUUAAUGUUUGGCCUUUUUGGAGGAGCUAUGACAGCUAUGAGUUUGUGGACAAUAUAUGAAUUUGGUAGGCCAGAGGUAGAUGCAAGUGGAAAAGAAAUAGAGGAUGAGUUUAGUAAGGAACCUAUAAUACAACAAUAUUUGAAAAGAAUGUGGAAAUCUUUAACAUAUUAUCAAAAAAUGAUUCAGGAACCAUCUCGAGAAAAAUUACUGCCAGAUCCAUUAAAACCACCGUAUAUUCAGCCGCCCUAUACACUUGUGUUGGAAAUGAAAGAUGUAUUGGUACAUCCUGAUUGGACUUACCAAACUGGAUGGCGGUUCAAAAAACGCCCUGGUGUAGAUUAUUUCUUGGAACAAACUGCAAAACAUUUUGAAAUAGUUGUUUUUACAGCAGGACAAGGAAUGGCAGUUUUUCCAAUAUUAGAUGCUUUAGAUCCAAACGGAUAUAUUAUGUACAGAUUGGUUAGAGAUGCAACACAUUUUGUUGAUGGUCAUCACGUUAAAAAUUUAGAUAAUUUAAAUAGGGAUUUAAAAAGGGUCAUUGUUAUAGAUUGGGAUCCAAAUACAACAAAAUUUCAUCCACAAAACGCUUUUAGCAUAGCUAGAUGGCAUGGAAAUGAUAAUGAUACGGCCUUGUUUGAUUUAGUAUCAUUUUUGAAGACCCUUGCAACUGCAGAAGUGGACGACGUAAGGGAAGUGUUAGAAUACUAUAAACAAUUUGAUGACCCUUUAUUACAAUUUAGAGAAAACCAAAAAAAAUUACAAGAACAAAUCACAAAGCAAGAAAAAGAAGAACAACUAAAACAAAAACCGAUAGUUAAAAGAUGGACACCCAGUUUUAUGAGCCGUUCUUGAGAUGCAAUAUAAAAAACUUAGAAUAUAAUUUUUAAAUUAUUAGAAAUAUAAUUUUUUUUUCAUAUUCUGAGAAAUGAAGAAUGUUUUGACUUUAUUUCAAUUGCUAGUGAGACUUAAUUGUUUUAUGAAAUUGUAUUAUGAAAUAUAAGGAUGUCGAAAUUAUUUGAAAUUUA